AUCUCACCACUACACAGGUUACGGUACACGGCUGUUCUCAGAGGGGGUGUUUAUGUAUUUGGAAAUAUUUGCAUUGUGUCUCAUAGAUGAGUAAUUAGAAAGGCUCCGAUUAUUAUUUUUUUUGAUGAUCAUUCUAAAUAUUAUUGUUAUUUUAGUAUAUGCACUGCCGUUCAAAAGGUUGGGGUCACCCAGACAAUUUCAUGCUUUGUAAGAAAACACUUUUAUUCAUGUGCAAACCGAAUUGUACAUGAGUUUUUAUUCAUCAAUUAGCCUUUCAACACGAUUUACAUGGGAGUGAUGGUUGCUGGAAAUGGGCCUCUGUACCUCUAUGUAGACAUUCCAUGAGAAAUCAGUCGUUUCCAGCUAGAAUAUGAUAACAGCCUCAACAUGGACAGCCUACUGCUGCCUUAUCAUUAUAUACAGUGCUCUGUGUGUUGUUCCUCUUGUUUUCUGUUUUUGCAUAUUUCUCAUACUUAACCCACAAAACACAAAACGCAGUUUUAGAAUUACAGUUUUUUUUAAAGAUUUAUUGAAAACCUAUAUCACCCCAGUGAAAAAGUCAUUGCCUCCCUUAACAUUUGUGAUAACUUGUGAUCAGUCUUCUACAUGGUCAUGGAGGAAUUUGGGCCCACUCUUUUUCUGCAGCAUAGUUUUAAAUCAGUCACAUUAAAUGGUUUUCAAGCAUAAACUGCCCUUUUAAGGUCUUCCCACAUCAUCUCAAUCAGAUCCAACAAAUAUUAGUUUACUCAGUUUUUUAGGUACAAGAACUGUCAAACAUUCACAGGGACACACAUGUACUAUCGCCAUAGAACAGCGUGUGUCGCAGAUAUAGAAUGUAUAUUAAAGAAAUAAAUUUAUUAUACAGUCUAUGGUCGCAGAUAUAGAGCUCCGUGUGUCUGAUCACGUGACAGCAGCUGUAGGGAGAAAGUGGCCGAAUCGCUUCAGUACCAAGCGCGCGCUCCUGCGCGAGGCGGACAGGUUUUUGGACAACCGGUCAUGUGACGACUGAGCAAACAUCUGGCUGCCGUGAAGCUGAAGAUCAUCAGAGCAACUACCAGAAUGUGACCAGCAGAUGGCAAGAGAGUCUGUUCUUCACUGAGAUUCUCAACCCUAUUUACUUAGCUUUCUCUGGGGAAUUUUAUCACGCAACACAGGAAGGUAUGACAGUGAUUUCAGACAUUUAUAGUAGGGAAACGUAAAACUGAAAUAGAGAAAUGUGUCUGCGUGACUUAACCGCGGCUCUGCCUUCUCGUCGACCUACACAGGCAAGACUGUGCAGGUUCAGAAAUACAGUCUAGGCAUUGUUAAUAUGGUAAAUGACUUUUCUAGCUGGAAACGGCUGAUUUUUAAUGGAAUAUCUACAUAAUAGGAGUACAGAGGAACAUUUCCAGCAACCAUCACUCCUGUGUUCUAAUGCUACAUUGUGUUAGCUAAUGGUGUUGAAAGGCUAAUUGAUGAUUAGAAAACCCUUGUGCAGUUAUGUUAGCACAUGAAUAUAAGCGUGAGUUUUCAUGGAAAACAUGAAAUUGCCUAGGUGACCCAAAACUUUUGAAUGGUUGGGUAGUGUCGGUAAACAGUUUGGAUACACAGGUGUUACAGAAGCAACACCAAAGAAGCCAAACAUUAACUCUCAUUGGUGUUUAACAUUAGGUACUAGCUAAAAGAAAAGCGCAGCAAGCUGACAUUUUUUUAAUUUUGUAAUUUUUAGAAUGCCUGCUCUCCCUGUACACUAGUACAGGGAAAGUAGUUUAUUAUUUAUAGUAUUUAUCAUUGUGACCCUAUUUAAAUUUUUAGCUUCAAAAGUUUUGUCGCAUAUAGUGACUUCAUAAGUUUUUAUUAGGCACAUAUAGCUAGCUAACUGUUACAAACAUGCUUAGGGUCUGCAUGGAUACAUUAUGCAACAGACGUGAGAAAUGUGCAGUGUCACUUAGAUGUCAAAUAAUUCAUGUUACUGCAAUAAUUGCAUCAACUUACAGUAAUUUCUUGUAAAUUGAAGAGUAGGGCAUUUGCUCAAGUGUAAAAUUAAAAGCUCACAGUAUAGAUUUACUAUAUUAAAAAUGCAGGGCUCACAGUAUAAAGUCAGGGUAACAUGAGUCAUUACAACUUUCAAGAAUGCGAUUCAAAAUGUAUAUAUUUUUAGUACUCUAUCCACCUUUUUUAAUGACAAACUCAUCCUCCUCAGCAUGUUGAAUACUUUUCUGCUUUUUGCUGGGGAGGUUGUGUUGCUCUGCCUUUCUCUUUAUAGUAUCCCAAAGGUGCCUUUUUGGAUUCAGGUAAGACAACAUAUUUGGCCAAGUCGUAGUCUUCAUACAAGGUAUGGAUUAUGAAAGAUUUUUAUGAAACAAAAAAGAUUUUGAACAGGUGUGGAUGCAUGAUGACAGAGAAGGCCCUAUGUUUGCAUCCGUUCAUCUAAAUUAAACCUACCCCUUCUGCCAUGCAUCCACGAUAACAUUCUCUACUGAUUUAUAUUAUAAAACACCAUACUGCACAAGCCCUGCGAUGGACUGGCAACCUGUCCAGGGUGAAUCCUGCCUUUACCCUAAGUCAGCUGGGAUAGGCUCCAGCUCGAGACCAGACAGUGGAUGAAGUGGUGUAUAGAAAAUGGAUGAAUGGAUACUACUCAAAAUAUAAUGGGAAAUAAUUAAAAGGAAACCUCAAAUACAUGUACAGUGUUCUCAAGACACGACGACUGUCAAACAAUUAUCUUUCUUUAUUAGUUAUAAUGUAGGCGUACAGCAACCUAAAUUUGCAAUGAUUAGCUGUGUUAUGAGACGAAAAAUAUGCAAAACUGUAAAGAAACUGAUUAAUACUGGAAGGGACUUUCUGUUCUUAACUCAGACCCUUAAUUCAUUGAACUCUAGUGAACAAUGACAAUGACUGUAUGCUUGUUAGGCCUUCCUUCCAUAUUUCAUAGAUGAAAUGGUUAAUGAAGAAAACUAAUAUAUAAUUGAGAGAUUAAUCAGUAAUUUCUCUCAUUGUUAGUUACAGUCCUGUCAAGGAGAUUCCUCACUGGCUUAAAAAAUAUCAAAAUGUAUACAAUAUGGAAAUUAGUCGGUAUGUAAAACUGUUAAAAUACAUUUUAAGUUGUUUUAACUAAUUUUUAUAAUCUGGAAAAGCAACACAGAAUCCAGCAAAGACGGAAGGCCAGGUCCAUAUGAGGACAUGCUGUAACUAACAAUGGGGGUGAUGUGGGAUUGAGUAGGGGAGGCAGUCAUCGAUGUUGAAAUCCUUCUACCUGAGGAGAGGCUUGCAGUGACAGUGAGUACAAGUGGUCCUGGUCACAGAAAGAGCAGUUAGUAGCAAGAAAAAGGAACUCAAGCAAGCAACACAAGGGAGAUUUAGAAACUACUAUGGUUAGUAGACCAUCUAGCAACAAGUGCCUGAAGAACUGGUGUCUUUGACUUGAGGAACCAGAGGACUGACAGGCCCACUCAGGAACAGAGCACAGAGACGGAACACUACAAAUACAGUUGCCAGUAUAAACCUGCAGUUUUGCACAGUGUGUUACCUUAUGCUAUGACAUACAGUUUAUCAAACAUUUAACAGAUUAAAAAUAGUUAAUAGUGACAGCCCCAGAAAACUCUUAGGAUACAGAUAUUGAAGUAUGCAUUUUAGUAGUACAGCUCCUAUGUCUUUCUUCAUGUUAAUGCUAAAAUUGACCCUAAACACUGGAAAGCUUUUGCCCACUGAAUAAAGAAAUGAAAUAAACAAUUUUAAAUGUGCUUUCAUUGAACAAAUUGCACAUGAAUACUCAAUCAAAGGAAUAGAACAUUAGUAUAACCAAGGCAUUAAUCUAUAAGCAUUGCCACUCCUUUUCUUUUAAACUGGACAAAAACAUCUCUUGACAUUUUAUCACUCUUCUGUUCUUCCUCAGCCACUAGGCUGGCUAACUCACAGUCACCACCAAACUGACAUCAGUUAGUAUAAGGGUAGCUGACAGCUAGCUGGGGCUUUAUCUGACUGACUAAAUGAUGUCAAUAUAUGUGCCUGUGUAUUGAGGGCUUCAUCUGAUAGGUCCAAUGUUUGCAUCCAUGGUACAUGUAAUUGAAAUGAUUUCUCCUAGUCAUUACAUUUUAAGCAGGCAUAGUCAUCAUUAAAAUUCAUUAAAAUCACUUUAUUCUACACGUGUCAUUGGCAGAAUUGACAAUCAACCAAAAAUCCAGUGACUUUUUGCUUGAACUGGACUAAACUGGACACUGUGCUUUGUAUGAAUCAGAGAGGAGUAUAGGAACAAAUUAAACAUAGAAGUAGUAAAGUAUCAUUAGUGUGUAGAGUUCUCAGAGAUGCCACUUUACAAUGAGAAGUUACCACACAUUUCCUUGCUCAUCUCAUACGUCUUUGAAUUAAGAAAUAAAGUCUCAGCUUCUCCUGCUGGAAAAGAGAGAAAGACUGUCCUGACCAGAAGAAUACCAGUCUCUGUCGUUCAUUCAUACCCCAAAAAUGACUAAACCCUCUGGUUUAUCCUGUGAAUAGAAACUCUUGUCAUCAUUUAGGUGUGAGUGAGUAGAUUGGUCAAAAAAAUGCAACUUUGACAUAGGUUAUUGUUUGCAUUUAACCAUGCUUAUUAUCUUUAACUAGUUUCAGUAAAUAGGUUUUGUGCAAGGCAAUUUCUGUGAAUCCGUUUUGUGACAAUUUUAGAAAGCAUUGACAUUGUCCUUUGGCCAGUAUGAAUGUCAAUUCUUUGUUAUUUAGUUUGAGAACCUGCUGCUUUCAAAUCAUUUUAUUUUGAUAAUUUGUAAUGACUUUGUAAGUGUGAUUAUGUGACUGUCACUUCUAUGUAUAUUUUUCUUCUAGAAACACUCUGGAGAUGACAGACGGCUCAGAUUCAGACGAUGGCUCUUUAAGCUUGUUGCAUGAUCUCAGUGCCUCCCAAAUCAGAGGGGCCAAUGAGGACAUGGCCAUAACUGAUUUCAAUUCACCGCUUGGCAGUAAAGUAAUGGAAAAGGAGAUUAAUCAGCUCAAAUCAGCUGAGCCUGGGAUGUCCACCUCCAUCCAGUUGAAAGCAGGCUGUGGAGAGUCUUCAAGAUUAGCAAAUGUCUCGCAUUAUGUGAAAAUUCCUAACAAAAUGAACCUUCACAAGAGGAAUGGGACAGGAGAGACACUUCUGCACAAAGCAUGCAAGAGAAAAAAUCUGGCAAAAGUCAGAAUGCUGAUUCAUGCUGGGAUCAGUGUUAACACGGAGGAUUAUGCAGGCUGGACAGCUCUCCAUGAGGCUUCUGCUGUUGGUGAUGUGGCAGUGGUGGAGGAGCUAUUGAUGGCUGGAGCUAAUGUUCAUGCUAGAAGCUGUCAUGGUGUCACACCCCUACAUGAUGCUGUUUGCAGUGGACACUAUCAGGUGGUGAAGCUUCUGCUUCAGUAUGGGUCAAAUGCCAGUGACAGGACUAUUGAAGGCCUCAGUGCACUGGACAUGGCAAAGGAGAAGAAAAUCACAGAGCUGCUCUUAACUUCCCAAGCAUCUUCUGUUUCACAUGAGACAUCUUGCAAAGCCCUUGCACAAUACAGACAACCAGGUGCCUCAUCCUCAGAGCCUCAUCACCACCAGGAGCUUUCCUGCCAGAGCAAUUUCAGACCGAGACAUGGUGACACAGUAAUCAUGCAAUCUAGAGAAUCAAGUGGCAGAGACAGAGCCAGAGACUCCAGUGACAUACAGCUGGGAAAGAAAGGCAUCACCACUGAGAAUGUGAGGUAUUCCGAGGCCAUAACGGUGAUUUUGGAGCUGGUUGGGAGGAAGCAAACAGAAAUGUUGACUUGGCCUCUGACGGAACUGAAGGAUGCAGAUAUAUACCGUGCAGCUCUGACACAGAUCCAGAGUGUACUGAUUGAGCUGCUCACCAAGCAGCAUUUGGAGAAGGAUUAUCUUGCCCAAAAAUUCUGGGGUACAAAGGCUCCCACACUCACUGAUGUACAGAAGGAGAACGCCGUAAGGUGUCAAAGCACCCUACCACUACUCAUGCCAUCUGAAAGGGCUCUACAGCUGCGGUUGAAGGUGACACUCAGAGACUGGCCUUUGUCGUAUCACUUCCUGAAUGCGGAGGUUGGAAUAAAUGCACUACAGAGACAUCUUGAGGACAGUGUUCAACACUGCAAGGCUCGUUCUUCUUGGGAAAUGCUGACAACAGAAGCAGCCAGCCUAAUGAAAAUCAAGGUUGUCCAUUUGGUGGAUGAUGAGGAACUACUGCCAAAUGCCAUAAUGGACUGUUACUGGGACAGACUUGUAAUGAAAGGUUAUUCAGAGUCUGACUGGGAAAGUGAAAUUUUGUAAUUAUCUCUCCCCAUGUUGGUCCAUAAUUGUUCAUUGUGAAAAUUUUAACUUGGUGAAUUUUACCUUUUCACUCGUUGUUGGACCUAUUGACUUGACAUUUGUGAUAAAUGAGAAUACAAUGUGAAUCCCAGUGAUUAACAUUCAAAAGGCACCUAAAGUUAAUUAAAACAUUUCAUGGCAUUUAUUCAUUUUUGACAUGAGUUUGUCCUUAUAUUUGUGCUUUAAAGUUCAUAAAGACACAUUUAACUUUUUCUUGGUUGGAAGUUCAUCUGAGCAUUGUUCAGUUAUCUAAUGUUUGCUUUGUUAAAUGACCACUUUAUUUGCUACCACAAUUAAACCAAACAAUAAAGAGAAUGAAAGUUUUAAAAGAUGCCUUGUAUUGUGUGUAAUUAAAUGUUUCCUGUGCGGGGCCCUGUACUGGAACACCGUGUGCUUCAGUUUGACAACAUGAGUAAAAUGAUGGUAGUUUUGAUCAAGAUCUGAGAGGCGCUGUCCUAAAUCUUUAUUGAAGUUUUCUUCGCGGUGUUGAAGAGUGGUGUUUACUAUGGAGU